AUGUGCUUGUCGGCCAAUUUGCAGCGCAGUGUUGCCGAUGACCGAACCGCGUUGAAAUUCUGCAAACGUUUUCUACCCUAUAAUGUGAAUGAGGCGAAGAAAAUCAACGACUACACGAUAUCCUGCAGCGCCGACGUUGGGAAAUUGUGCGAAAAUGGCUGGGUCCAAUUACGCAACCUAUGCUAUUCGUUCAACAACAAAUCAAUGUCCUACGACGACGCCAUCCAACAUUGCCAUUCGAUGAAAAGCACCAUUGUGCGCAUUGAAUUUGCCAAUCUCAUAAGAAAACUUGACGAGACAUUUGGACCAUUGACGAGCAUCUGGGUGAACACUUCCAUCCCAAAUUUGAAAUAUGAAGUCGAUGAAGGCGAUUUGACCCAAAUCGCUUAUUCCGAUUCGGUGAUUUAUGCCAUCGAGUAUCCAUCAAUCAUAAGAGUGGACCGAGCAAAAUUUGGACAAACCAUUUGCGAAUAUACACCGAAUUUAACGGUUCCAUAUCUUGAGGAUCGCGCGAAGAAGUUCAAAAACUUCUAUUUUCCGGGCACUGUAGACGAUCAACAGCUUAUUCUGAGGACCGUUGGCAAACAUGGAAAACGAAAUUUGAAAAGCGGAGAAGAGGAUUUAUACUAUGAAGAGAAUAUAUGUCGUGGAUUGAUGAAAGCAUUCGUCGAGCCGGCCUCAAGCGGCACAUUCAGCUCAUUCUACAACCAUAAAGUCACUGCGGUCAUCAACAACUCAUCGCAGCUCGUUGUUGCUCACACACCGCUUCGCGAGAAUGGUAAAAACGUGUGCCAUCCUUAUAUUUCAAGCGAGGACCAAAAAAUGCAUUGUGAGAAUGUCAACUAUAAAAUAAUCCAAUUCGACGACAUCGAACUUUCGACAAAACGCUCGUUCGCAUUAUUCGUCUCGAUCAACACCACAAAUCCAAAUGUGAAAAGUGCUGUUGUCGUUUCGGGAGUUGGUCACCGCGGUCCGAUGAUGUGUCAAACCGGAUUGUUCAACUCGUCGGAGUACAGAAAACAAAAGUGGUACAAUGUCUAUCAACCGUACGAAAUACCAGACGUCGCAAUGGCGACAACAACUUCAACGAUGGCCCCCAAAUCGAAUGGCUCCGCGAGCGGCAAUAUCACAUCGAUAGGUGAUUCAUCGAAAAAUGGGACAUCGAUAGACAAUGGUGCCUUGAAUGCCACGUCAUCAAUGAAAGCCACGCCGUCGAUGAAUGUUACGACGUCGACAAAUGCCAUACCAUCGAUGAAAGCCACGUCGUCAAUGAAUGUCACGACGUCCUCGAAUGCAACACCAUCGACGAGUGUCACGACGUCCUCGAAUGCCACACCAUCGACGAGUGUCACGACGUCCUCGAAUGCCACACCAUCGACGAGCGUCAUGUCGUCGACAAGUGCUACACCAACAACGAUUGUCACGUCGUCAACGAGUGUCACGACAACGACAAACUUAUCGGGCCAAGGAAAUUUGCCGCCAAACGCCACCGGCAAUUCGACGUCGGCGACGUCGCCAACGAAUGGCACCGGACAAUCGGCACCGCAAUACACCCCAUCGUCAAUUCUUAUCAAUCAAUGUCCGAAAGGCUUUGUUCUGUUCGAGGUGCCCGAGUACAGCGUCUGCCACAAAUUGUUCGAGGAAGAGAUGACGUACGCUGAAUCGCUGCAGCAUUGCAACUCAAUCGGAGCUUAUUUAGUGGAGCCUCACGAUCCCAACGAGGAGCACAUCAUGAAGGGCUUGCUGCCGACAAAUGCGGCGCAAUCAUGGAUUGGCGUUAGAAGGCACCGAAAUUUUGAGUUCAGAUUCGAGAAGGGCUAUUCAAAUGAUACGCACUACACGAAACCAGUCAAUAAUAAUUUUUGCUACGUUGGAAAGGAAUACGAAGGUCGAUGCAUGCAUGUAUCGCAUUCAAUGGGAUUAUACUGCGAUGUCUGUUUAUCGCCAGCGCUACAUGUGUGUGCGAUGGUACCGGAGAAAAUAUAUGAGCAUCUAGCAACCCCUCAAAGCUAUUGUCGACGCGGAUUCAGUUUCUCGAGAAUGACAAAUCGAUGCUUAAAGGUGUUCACAAUGAAAAAAAGCUGGGGAAAUGCUUUGGCUUAUUGCCAAUCGAUCAAUUCGACGCUCGCCGUUUUAGGCGGCGAUGUUCAAAGAAACAUGUUCUACGCUCAUCUUCAAGUUCUUCCCUAUGACGAGCAUCCGAAUAAAAUUGAAGACAUUUGGCUUGGAAUCCGAUAUAUUAAUAGCCAGACACGGAGUGUUAACGGGCUCGAUGGAGGUGCCGGUGAUUCCAUGGCGACGAAUCGAGUCGACGGCAAAACGAUUCCCGGUGAUUGUGUGCGAGUCGGAAUGAUUGGAGGAAUUUUGGGUCUCUACGUGGACGAGUGA